CGGUGCCCGCAGUCUUGCCAGACGACUCGUUGCCUGUCGCCCGCCAGUCUUGGGACCGGUGCCUGUCGUGCCUGGGGGGCCCGAUGCCUGUCGCCCGCCUGGGGGUCCGAUGCCUGUUCGCUCCGCCUGAGGGCCCGAGACCUGUCGCUCCCGCCUGGGGGUCCCGGCGCCCGCCGCUCCGCCUGGGGUCCCGAUGCCUGUCGCCCCGCCUGGGGGUCCGAUGCCUGUCGCCCCGCCUGGGGGUCCGGUGCCUGUCGCCCCGCCCUGGGGGUCCGGUGCCUGUCGCCCCGCCUGGGGGCCCG